AUGAACAUCGAUUUCAAAAAGAAGCCCGUCAUCCGCACCCAGACUGUGCUCGUCCGCCGCACGAACACGCCCACCCAAUCGCCGUCGCCCGCCACGCCGCGCCCGCGCCCGAAACUACCCACGCCCGCCAGCAGAGCCCCCGCCAGCAGCAGCCGUCUGAAUGGAGCACUCUCGUCAUCCGUCGCAGCCGUCGCCGGCAGGAGGCAUGCCUCUGCGCCCGCCGUGCCGACCGUCAAACGCAGCCUGACCAAACGCAAGGCCCCGACGCCCGCCACCCCGCUGUCGUCUGACUCUGAGGGCAGUGACGGCGAGGACAGCCUCGACCGCGAGCUCACCCCGCGCAAGCGCAUACGCGCCAGCCACUCGCUCGAGCCCGACCUGCAACGGAAGAUACGCGCUGCGCCGCUGAGGCGUGCCGACGGCGAGGAAGGACCCGUCAAGCUGCGGAUCCUGCACGGCUACGACUUGGUGAAGACCGACCACUGGAAGGACGACAACGUCGUGGGCUACCAUGCGACCAAGGACUUCAAGCCCGCAUUCGAAGGUCUCAGCGAGGUGCCGGUCGUGGGGCUGCAGUACCCCAGCAAGUCGCAGCCUGAAAGGUUCUCGCUAGUGUAUCCCCGUGAAAGCGACGGCUACAAACCCCUCGAAGACAUCGUCCAGAGCGUCGAGACAAUCUGCAAGCACUAUUUUCCUGACGAUGCAGACACAUUGAUCGAUGAAGGCACAGGCUUCCCCCGCCGGCUCAAGCGCGCGGUACAACAGCAGUCCGUCUCGGCUUUCAAAGAUGUCCUGCAGGAAUUCAACAAGAUGAUCAGCGAUGCCGUAGCGUCGGGGAAGAUCGACCAGGCACUCGACGAAAUGCAAUCCAUGCCGCUGCCGCUCACCGAAUACAUCCUCUCGCAGACGUACUCCCGCACCGUGUCGCCCCGCGUCAACUCGCUCCGCCGCUACGAAGCCGGCUCGAACAACGUCUACGGCGAGCUGCUCCCACGCUUCGUGCACCGCAUAUUCCAGGAGACGAAGCUCAAGAGCGACCAGAUAUUCGUGGACCUAGGAUCGGGCGUGGGCAACGUGGUUCUGCAAGCCGCGCUUGAGGUCGGCUGCGAGAGUUGGGGCGUGGAGAGCAUGCCGAACCCGUCGUUCUGUGCGAGCCUGCAGAAGAAGGAGAUCAUGCAGCGCGCUCGCUUGUGGGGCAUCUCGCUCGGCAAGAUCAACGUUAUUGCUGACGACUUCUUGGAGAACCAAGAGGUUGGCCGCGUGCUCAAUCGCGCCGACGUCAUCGUCGUCAACAACAAAGCUUUCUCGCCGCAACUGAACGGCGCGCUGUUGGACAAGUUCCUGGAUUUGAAGGAGGGCGCGAAAAUUGUGAGCCUGAAGCCGUUCGUCGACCCGGACCACGAAAUCAAAAGCCACAACGUCAACGAUCGCGUCAACCUCUUUAGCUGCGUGGAGAAGGAGUAUUUCAGCGGUUCGGUGAGCUGGACAGAUGAGGGAGGCAAGUACUACAUUCAGGUCAAGGACCGCAGCCGCCUGGAUAGGUUUCUUGAGGGGUCGCGCAGGCGGAGAUGA